AUGACUUUACUAGGCUCAAUGAAUGUUUUGAGCACCGUUGCAGAACAGCUUCAGGGGCCAAGUUUAGCUGCAGCCUUGCCAACAUGCUGUCAGGCAGUUGGGGUCCGGAGAACUGCUGUAUGCGCAACGUGGUCGGCCGGCAAAACAUCACACAAGCGUCUGACGCGAGCAUCUGAGGACCAGUUGCUCGAGGUGAAACUGGAAAAAAUCUUUGCAGCCAGUGGGUUUCGGAUUGUCGAUUUGGCGGUGCAGAGUUCCGACAGGAGUCUUGUCACACCGGUGACCCAGCCGCCUACAAUCUUGUCGUCCUGUCCAGUCACGUCAAUGGAGCAAACUCUGGGUACGAAUAAGAACGCACCCCUUAGGCGUAUUUCGGUCUUCCCAGUCUCUUCACCUUGUACCGGUUCGGUCCAACGACAGGAUCUAGAAGCUUCCCAGACACAAGACGAUGCCGUUCUUGACGCCGGAAUUGUCUCGGGGUCUCCGCGAUGUCACCAGUCCAGCAACUGCACCAUCUCUGUCUCUCUCUCCGUUCCAGACAACUCCAUUGACAUUUGUCGAAAUAACCACACAAAGCUACUUUCUGAGAAACGGUUCCCAGCCGUCGUGAUUCCCCAGACUCCAAAAAACCUUAGAUGCAGGUCCGACGUAGAUGGGCCACAUACGGCGGAGGUGCCCAAGAAAAGACGCCGGCUCAGUUGGAAUCAGACCACGAGUCCACUAUCAGAACCAUCAAGCACGCCGGGGUCAAUCAAGCUCUCGACCUCUGCUACGUCGGGUUGCAGCGACACGGGUCCACGCAGUAGGAAGCAAGCCAGGCUGUCGCAAGGUGCUUUAGCCAGGCGGCAGAUAUUCCUCAUGGGUAUGCACCGGCAGCUUGCUGAGGUACAAGAAGCCGAUCAAGAAAUCAUUGAAAGAACGGAGAGAGGAAACAAUGAUCUCAGUAGGGCAGGGGAGUAUACGGUGAUUGGCUCAGAUCCCACCACUGAUGCACUGGACAUGGAAAGCUUGGCUGCUCCUGACGCAAGGAAUAGUCAAAUCUCGGCUUAUUCGGUCGGUGGUACCAGUAAUAAUCAGGUCGAGCAGAGGAGAUGGCCGCUGCGGCAGCCUGUUGAUACCAUUUUUUCUCCCUUGCACCACCCGGGAAAGCUCCUCAACAGGACGCUUGGCCAGAAACCGGCAGUCAGAGACCCGGCUGCUCAUCUCGCUGCCGCCCGUGCCCAAAUUAUCUCCCGGCCGUUCAUCUCAGCCGCGCGUCCAGUGCCUCUUUCCGGCGCAUGCUGGAAUCGACCUAUUAUUUUUCAACCGAGACAGCCGCUAGCAAAUAUCCAUAUGACAGCCCGGGGUGUACCACUGCCACCUUUUUGUUCAUCAACCGGACCAGCAACCCCACAGGCCAACCUCGCAUCGACGGAAGAAAUCGGCUUGGAAGAAGAAGAAGAAGAAGAAGACGAGAACGAACUGGCGUUCCCAACUUCCAAAUACGAGAGUCGAUAUUUUCCUAGCGACUAUGAGGACGAUGGCAUGGAAAUAUAUGCUGAUCUUGCCGGGUUGUGGCCGCAGUCAGGGGAUGGGUUGCAAAUAGAUAUGGAUGCUGAAUACGAAGAGAUGGGCACAUUUGGUAUCAGUACGUUUGGGUGA